AUGCUCAUCGCGUUCAAUGACUCGGCCAACCUCACUGACUUGGCGCUCGGCACCGACCUCCCCACCAGCCCCUACAGUCUCGCGCAGAAGAUCAUCAUCGCCAUCAUAGGCAGCGUCCUAUCGGUGCUCACCGUCGUCGGCAACUCCAUGGUGAUGAUCAGCUUCAAGAUCGACAAACAGCUGCAGACUAUAAGCAACUACUUCUUGUUCUCCCUGGCUGUGGCGGACUUCGCCGUGGGUCUGAUAUCGAUGCCGCUGUACACUAUGUUCACCAUCUACGGUUAUUGGCCGCUGGGCCCGCACGUGUGCGACACGUGGCUGGCCCUGGACUACCUCGCGUCCAACGCGUCAGUGCUCAACUUGCUCAUCAUAAGUUUCGAUAGGUACUUCAGUGUGACGAGACCGUUGACGUAUAGGGCUAAGAGGACUACACGAAGAGCGACGAUGAUGAUAGGAGGUGCGUGGGGCUUCAGUUUGUUGUUGUGGCCGCCGUGGAUUUACGCCUGGCCGUACAUCGACGGCGAGCGGAAAGUGCCCCCUCACGAGUGCUAUAUUCAGUUCAUAGAGACAAACCAGUUCAUUACGUUCGGGACAGCUAUAGCGGCGUUUUAUGUGCCAGUGACUGUCAUGUGUAUACUGUACUACAGAAUAUGGAGGGAAACUAAGAAACGGCAGAAGGAUCUGCCGAAUCUGCAAGGAGGGAAGAAACACGACUCGUCAAAGAGAUCAAAUUCUAGGACGGUAAACGAACAGAUGGACUACCUGAUGGUAAGCAAUCGCUACUGCCCAUGGUCACGAAACACAACUGAUGAGACGAGAGAAGUGGAUGGUCGUGCCAGAUCAGAGUCUGGCGAUGCAGACUCGGUGUACCACGUGAGGGGGGCGCUACACGACCAGCGGUGGAGGGAUAACCAGGCGGCUAACGCCCGUCGCACGUUGCGAGGUUGGGCGGCAGUGAGGGCCUGGUGUGUGGCGUGGUGGCACUCCGGGCGUGAGGAUGUGGAAGAUACCGAACCAGAGGAGGAACCCUCGGAUCCUGGGUACGCCACACCCGUGUCUGUCGAGACGCCGCUGCAGAGUUCUGUAUCGAGGUGCACAUCACUGAACGUCAUCAGGGAUCCUUAUGCAUCUCGUGGCGGAGGGUCCAGUGGUUCUGGAGGUGAUGGAGGUACUUCCCCCCUCCGACGAACUUACGAGCCACCCUCAAAUAUGCCAGCAGCACGCGAUAGUCGCUCUUUGCCUCCAAACACCAGGAUCAACGCUACUACCUCACCUGCACCAAAAUCUGCAUCCGCAGACUCAGUGUAUACAAUCUUAAUCAGGCUACCAGAUGCCGACACCGAAAGACCAACAAUUAAAAUGAUCACAGAAGAAUCUCCACCUUCUAAUACGAGGCCACAUUUUCGACCAACCAGAGGAGACUCAGAGCUCAACCUUCAUCCCGCUGGUCAUCAAGCACUGACUAGAAGAACAUCCCACAUACAGGACGUUAGAAUCCCUCUGAACGCCAAAAUAAUUCCGAAGCAGUUGGCAGCAUGCCUCAAGGGCUUGACCUAA